UUCAGGAUGACAGGCAUGGCGAGACUGAUGGUGAUGGUGGUGGUGGUGGUGAUGGUGGCGGUGCCAUCUAGCGUCGCGUUCAAGCUCAAGUCAGGUUCUUGUCCAAAAAUACCUGGCGUGGAGACUCUGGAUAUGGAAAAGUUCCACGGGAUGUGGUACGUGAUGGAGAGCUUUGAUGGCAGGGAGGAGUGCGUCACAUGGAACAUUACGAAGGGCAACGUGAACGGCACGUGGUACAUUCAGGAGAUGAAGGGCUCUGGGAUACUGAACGCCGUGGGUGUCAGCGGCACUUCCCUCACCACCGGCACCCUCACCGAGGCUUCUGACGGCUCGGGGAACAUGAGGGUCAACUGGCCUCUCAACUUAGCAGGGUCGUACGCGUUCACCGUACACGACACGGACUACGACAACUACGCAGGAGUGGUGAUGUGCCAGUCGUUCCUCCUCGCUCACAGGCAGAAUGGCAUCGUGCUCUCGAGGACGCCCAAGAUCAGGGUGGACCAGAGACAGAUGGCACGCGGGAGAUUCGAGGGGCUGGUGGUUGAGUACUACACACGAGUCAAGCAGAGCAUUUGCCAGCGCUACCGCCCACCGAUAUCUGGCGGCGCAGGGAGCUCGGAUGCCGGCCCGCUAGGCGGCUCUGGCGGCGACAUGUCUCAGGAGCAAAGGAACAGGGAGACGAUUGGAGACCAGUUUUACGGCUACAUGCACGAUCACUAACAUGUGUGAAUUGCUCCUUUUUUUAAUCAUUAUGGUCGUAUUCGUAAUUAAACAAUUCGGCGCCUCGUCUCCACUACUUUCAGUAAGCUUUAAUGUAAGUUAUAAGGAUUUGAAUGGGCUUUUCCUGAUUCUUGAAAUAUUUUAUUUUUUAUUUUUUUUUUCAAGGAAAAGGAACAAUGGCCUAGAAAAAAAAAAGGCCCAACGAUGGUUCCACCCAACGAUGGUCCCAAACGGAUUAUCCAAAAUUGGAGGAUGGCCGUGGGAAAAAACACUCGUGGGAAUCUGACUAAUAAUCUCUGCGACCUUUUGAAGAUUGUCGUGGUGAGAGAACAUAAGAACAUAGGAAAUAAAGGAAGCUGCAAGAAGCCACACGCUGCAAGCUGCAAGGCUUACACGUGGCACUCCCUGUAUGAAGUAGAACCAAAGCAGUUAAGGAUACGAGUCUCACUAUCUGGGUAUGUUUACGAAUACAUUACUUAUCAUGUUAACCUUUCAUCGUUAAUUAACUCUUUGACUCGAGCUAAAUUGUGUAGUCAAAUGGUCUGUUGCAGUCACCUUGAUUUCUCAGGACUGUUAAUGCAACGUCACGCGUGUUAAUCAUUACGAGUGUGACCUUACACGAUUUUAUUGAGCCAAAUGCUAAAAUGUCGUAAAUACUCGAUCACCUUUGAUGUCAGUGGUGUAUUUUGAGAUUAUAAUAUAAAUCUGCACCAGACUUUUCAAAUAAAGUUAAUGAAGAAUUUAGCGCAGUCAAAGGGUUAUUUCCACUGUGGCUUAUUGCUAUAUUACUUGCUUACUCAGGGUUGUUCCACUACUCCCUUGACUAGUUAUGGCCAUGAACUGCUUUAUGCACACUGUGCUGCACUACAGCAUUACUUUUGGGAUUCAGGAAAAGUUUGAGACAUGGAAUGUAUGGAUACUGUUUCCCAUUACUAUAAGGAAUACAUGUAUUUAUGAUCCUUUGGAAUCUAUGUAUAUCAUCUGAAAUAUACUUUUUAUCUCUCUGAA